AUGGUUACAGAAACGAAAGUGAAGUACCAAGGGUACGUCUUCGGCAAACUACGAUUGUGUCCCGAAGUUUAUGAAGCUAUUCAGAAUCUUGAUCUUUGUCGGAGUUGGAUGGGCACAGUGAACCACAAAGGUUACAAAAAGCUACCCCCUGCUCCAUUAUCGUUGAACGAAAUUGAAGUAGAAAAUUUUGGACUGGAGGAGUGGGAAGGGUUGGAAGAGGAGGAAGAAGAAGAUCCUGACGCCGUGAUCGUUGACAACGCCGACGAAGACGUCAAGCCAAAUUACGACGUGGAAGCUCUGGAAGUAUAUCUUGGGCUACGCGUGGACGAUAUGGUAAAGGUAACCAAGAAGAACAAAUUUUUCGACGAAGACGGUAUCGUACGACGACUUAAGGAGGGCCAGAUUUUCGUUCGGUUUUAUACAUAUGGAACGAUGUUUGAAGAGUGGUUGGAUCCUGGCGAUGUCCGAAAGCUUACCAACGACGAGGUGGUACGCGGACUCUCUGGUCCAUCCCAACCCAUAACUCAACAGGAUUUUGACGGCCCCGAUCGAAAUCCGAGGAACUUCGAUGAGCGUCGCCCUGGAAGCUUGCGAAACACGUUGAUGAGCAGCACGGAUGGCGGAUCCCGCAAUCGCCGUCAGGACCGAACGCAGCGUAGUCACGGACAAGAACGCGAUAGAUUUGGUAGAUCAAAUCAAGAACUUGCUCGAGAGGAUCGCAACUGGGAAUGGUACAAGGAUCAGAAAAAAGAGAAGCAAACAGACGCAGCUGAUAGUGACUGGAGCAUGCGCGCUCAGACUCAACGGGGUCGUGAUAGUCAAUGGGCGGAACGUGAUGUCGAUAGCCAGUGGGGCCGCAAACCUCAGCGUCCAGAAAGACGGGAAUCUCAAACGCAGAGAAAACGACAAGAAAACCGAAGAGCAGAGUCUGCUAUCGAGGGUAAUGAUGACUGGAGUACCUUCGUUUCUCCAUCAAGGGGCUCAUCAUCGAGUGCUCCAGCCGUUGAAGAAGACGAUUUUUUUGUCUCCCUAAUGACAGACUUGUCCAAGGAUUUGGGAUCAGACCAAAGCUCUAAGUCAUCCGCAUCUGCUGGGUCGAAACAUUCAGACAAUACCUCGGACGAAGACGACUUUUUCGCGUCGUUAAUGUCAGAAAUCGAGGACAAAGAAGAAGUUUCUUCCCUUCCUCCUCCCAAGAAGAUUGGUACGCCAAAACAAAAGACUUCCUCCCCAGAUGACGAAUUCUUUGCUUCGUUAGAAGCGGAGCUCGGUAAAGCCGUCGAGGAGAGGCCGGAGAAGGAAACAGACGACGCCGAGGAUUUCUUCGCCAGGCUUGAAGCCGAGAUCGCCCCUACGCUGGAUCCGCCACUACCGAAUUUCAGAGGUGAUGGUACGAAUCAUUCAGAGAAAGCACCUACGAAUUCAUCUCCACCUCCAUUGCAGAGUGUAAGUAAACGCUCGUCAUUGAGAUCUGAUGAUCUUGGCAAAAAGACGAUGCCUGCUCUGAAAGAAAUGUUGAAGGAGCGCGGCCUCAAGGUUUCCGGGAAGAAGGCUGAGCUGAUCGACCGGCUACAACAUGGAUCCUAA